UAGUCAGAGACAGGACUGCAGACAGCUUCAGGAUGGCCAGCUUGAAUCUUUACACCUUGUUUCUGUUCUUGUGCCUGGCUGGGAUCAGCCUGCAGGGAGGCAUGAAACCAUCACGAAAUGGCCAGGUUGGUCUUUACCUGCCAUCCUACAUGAGAGGUGUAACAGCAAUGCAACCUGGAGCUGGAUUGGGACCAGCUGGCGCCAAGGCUGGCCGAUAUCCUUUCUAUGGGACCCAAGGCCUGCCCACAGGGCUGGGAACACAGAAUGGAUUUGGGGCUGGACAAGGCUUUAGGGGCCAACCAGGUUAUGGAGUCCCAGCUGGAUACGGAGCAGGUUACCGGGGUGUUGGUUACCCACGUGCUGGCCUUCCCUUCGGAGUGCUUGGACACAGAGGCAAAACGUCCAAAGCAGGUUAUGGAGCAGGGCCCAGCGCUGGUGGCUAUCAAGCAAUAGGAAUACAGCAAGGGUAUGGAGCUGGAGGCAAUGGAUUUCCUAGCACAGGACCUCAGCCAGGUGGAUAUGGUAAUGGCAAUGGUGCCCGGGGCCCUUACGGCACCCCAUUGGAAGGCCCUGCUGGGGAUCCCACUGCUGCAAAAUAUGGAGGUGGGCCUCAGCUGUCAUUUGGAUCACAACCUGUCCGGACAGGGCUAGAUGACAAUGGAAACGGACUGGGAUACAUGAACGGUGUUGACUCGCAAGCUAAUGGUCUGGGGGCAGCAGGUGCAUAUGUUCCUCUCGCAACUGGGCAAGUGGCAGGAGGGUAUGGCCCUGGACAAGCACUGGGAGGCUUUGGAGGGAAAGAAUCAAAGUAUGGAAUGAAUGGAUUUCUGGGAAAUAGGUACAGAGUUCGCUGUGCUUCUGGAAAAUGCUGAGGGAAGACAACAUAUCUGAAAGGAACUUCCUGUAGCACGAUUUAGGCAUCUUGGCAAAUCUCUGGUGCUAAUCCUGAGGACCAAAAACAAUGAAGUCUUCCUAUAAAAAUUAAAAUGUCUUUCUUUCUCCUACUAUGUUUUUAUUUUAUAAUUAGAAGUGUUUAACUUUAAAAAAAUCUUGCAAGGUAGCUUUGAGAGCCUCGGUUAAGCACAUUUUCCAAGGCUGCUUAAUGGUGGUGACCACGGCUAUAGAAGCGGCAUGUGAAGAUGGAAAUCCCUUUCCUUCUAAAGACAAGAAUCCUACAAAUUUCACUUCUUUGAAGAAAGCUAAGAGGCAAUUUCCAUCUUAGUGUGUAUCUGGAGGCCCAGACCACAGUGUCUUUUCAAUUAAAA